AAAGACAACAGAUCUUCCUAAACAGUCGGCAAGCCGAGGCGAUCGAAGAACCUACAGAACCUAGUUGCUGUAGUAAGACAAUAAAUAUGGAUCUCGGAGACAUGGAAAAAUUCUUUGAACUACAAAGUCCUUUGACACCGAAGGAAAACGAACAACUCAAUGGAUUCCCUCUAGAUGAUGCAUGGUUCAGUAAAACUGCGACUUAUGAUAUUUUUGAGGAGAUGGAGGAGACACAAAAAGAGUUCAUUUGUGGGGCAUUUGAAACUACGUCAACUAUAAGCACGGCCCCAAACAGUCCUGCAGUGAACGAUUACGACACUUUUGAGAUCACAGACGAAGAGUUAAGAAACCUUCCCGUAAAACAACUCAACCAAAAGCUCCGUGACCUACCAAAGAUCGAGGCUUCUAAAUUGAGAAAGCGACGACGAAGCCUGAAGAAUCGAGGGUAUGCUUUGAACUGUCGCAACAAACGCGUUACCGAGAAUGAACAGCUCCAGAAGACAAACAUAAAGCUCCGGAUAGAAGUUGCAAAAAUUAAAGAGGAACUUUCUAAAGCUGUAAGAGAAAGAGAUAUUUUUAAACAGAAAUAUGAACGCAUCAACAGUGUAUUUAGCACUAUAUGUACCACGUCAGCUAUGACUCUAAAAGGCGCCUCAGUAUCCAAAAGCUAGGCCUAGCUAGUAAUAUACGACUCUAUAUAUACGUCCCUGAGUGGUGGGAAAACAAAUGCUGUAUUUACUGACUUCACAUCGCAGUUUUCUUCGCACAAAUUUUCGCCAAGCAAAGCUGUGUCGUCGAAUUUAUUUAAGUCUUAAACCAACGCAAUGAAUGAUCGGAAAGGAUCUUAGCAGGAACACAGACCGCGUGACAAUAUAUAAUGUCACUUAUUGAUGACACUGAUAAGUGAAAGAAUAGUGGGGGAUGUUCUUAACUAUCAUCCCCCCCUAAUUGUUUUGCUCAUUUAGGUAAGAAAUUGUAAAUCUAUCAGUUUAGAGAGCUUGCCAGUCAUCUGUACUUUCAGCUCCGCCGCCCAUGUAAUCGGACUUCUUUUAAAUUGUAACUGGUUUGCCAAGUUUGGUCAGUUUAGACAGACACAAGUAUGGCUUCCUGAUCACUCGUUAACUCUUAUCCGCUGUCGGAGCAAGCGAUCCCUCUCAUUCUACUUUUUAUUGCUUUUCUUCUCUAUUCUUCUUUCUUCUUUAUUUCUAUCUGAAAACAAGGGAACAUAAUUAUUUGACGUCGGUCUGAAUGGACUUUCCUUUCCUUUUCUUUCACGUAUUUACAGGCCAAUUACUACAAUACUGAUUUUACCAAAUUUAGAACGUAUAAAGAAAUGGAAUAAACUCGCUUAAACAUAUUAGCCAUUCCGAGGUUGAGGAAAAAGCUGGGUUGAAGUGGCUUCGCAGUGCAUUGUGGGACUCUUUUGAGGACAAAUAGACGCCAUCUUGGAAAUAUGUCCCCCAAAUCAGUUCCACAAUGCAAUGCAACGCCAACUCGACCCAGUUUUUUUCUUAUCCCCGGAAUAGCGCAAAAUGGCUAUAUAAUAGCUUGUAUAAACUAUAAAUAGUGUAAAUAUUUCUAAAUUAAGAGGUAUGAUUUCAUGAAAGAAUAACUUUGAUCCUUGCAAUAAGGCAUUAUGUUUGUUGGAAUACAGUACAUCGUGGGACUGUUUAAGGUAUUAUUAAGAAUGAUCAGUUAUUAUUUUUUAUGAUGAAAUCAUAUCAUACUCAUGGUGUCAAGACGUGAAUCUUGAGUUGAGGCGUUUCAGCGCAAAUAAACUUCAUACAACAAUCAAAGUCUUUAA